AUGCUUUCCUUGCUGUUCCUAUUAACCGCCACCAAUGCUCUGUACUUUGACUUUACAAACUCUAACGUAAUCUGCUUCCGGCACAAGGCCGUUGUCGAUCAAGACAUUCGGCUUUUGUAUUCCGUCAAUACCCCGGAGCUCUAUGCCAAAGGGAGCACAUCGCUCAAUCAGCGAACUAGCAGUGUCUUACUGCAAAUAUACGACGUUUAUGACGCGGUUGUCUUUGACACUCAGCUCUCGGACAGGGGGGAGCUUCUCUUCAGCCCCCGGCAAGUAGGCGACUACAAGGUCUGCCUUGGUGGCGGCUCUGCAAAGAUGGACAAGUCGGUCGGUCGCAUGAGUCUCUCAAUAGAGAGCCACGCCCCAGCCAAUGACUCGGUGGAUGCAAAGCGCAGACAGGAGGAGCAAACUGUAACUAGGCUCUUAGCGAAGGCGAAGGCAAUUGACCAGCAGGCAGAAGUAAUACACACCAACUUUGACCGGUUUGAAUCUCAGAUCUCCUCCACGAGGCGUAGUGUUGUUGUUACAAACCUUUUAUGCAUAGUAACGUACAUUGGCGUCACUGUUUGGCAACUUAAGACUAUUAAGCGUUACCUUAUACAGCGAAAGAUAUAG